GGAAUCCCGAGAAUUGAGAAGUUGAUUUACGAAAACGUGGAAAUUUGUGGAGAGGAGCUUAAGCAAUAAAGGAAACCAGGAAAGAUGGAUAUCGGCCAUGGCGGAGAUUGUAACCGAAUAGACGCACGCCUCGUCGUCGAGGAGUAACGUCAUCAAUGGAAGAUCACCUCAGACGCUAUCUAUAAUUCCUUCGGUAAAAAAAUCUUCAGAUUUCAAAAACAUGUUUGGGCGCAUCGUCAAAGCUGUGUCUCUCUUUCACGCGCCAGUGACAAUGUUGAUAACGGUAGUGAUCGGGCUUGUUGUCGCACACCCAAUCUACGCGACCUGCACCGAGGAAUACCGCAGCAGCAACCGCAUCAUGAAUUGUCGUGAUCUACGACACCUGCCACAAAUUUUGGAAAAGGAUACAGUCCAUUCUUUACUCAUCGAGGACAGCUCCCUGCAAGUUCUACAGGAUAACGGUUUCGUGAGCUACACAAGUUUGUUGUUCCUCAGAUUCAAAAACUGUGGAAUAAAAUCUAUCACACAAGAGGCGUUUUUUGGAUUAAACGACUUGAAAACCUUAAACAUGGAAGGGAAUCGUUUGACGUCAGUUCCGUUUAACAUCUUCCAUGAUUUACGUGCGCUCCAACACCUAUAUUUAAGCUAUAACCCAAUCGAGGAGCUCACUGAGUUUGCAUUUCUGGGCCUACCGUUACUUGAGACGUUAUCUUUGGAACACUGUGACAUUAAGAAAAUAUCCCCACAAGCCUUUAUUGGAUUAGAUCGCUUAAAGACACUGGAUUUAUCAUACAAUCGUUUGAAUACUUUAGACAGUUCGAUGCUACGGAGUCUACAAACGAUUCAUUCUCUAAGUGUUCUGUAUAUUUUCGGCAACCAAUGGAUAUGUGAUUGUAACUUACGCUGGCUGCGUAAAUGGUUGGAUGGAAAGGACCAAUCACUGAUCCUUCAAAAUGAGAUGGAUAUGCUGAUGUGUUCCGGCCCAAAGAAAUUAGAGGGGCGUGACCUAAUGUCGAUUUCGAUCAAUCAUUUUGCCUGUAAGCCCACGAUCGUACCAAAACAUUAUGUUUAUAACGUUGCUGCACGCUCAUUGGUCAACCUAUCGUGCGACGUUCACGCCAAUCCCGCGGAUAACUUACGCUGGUAUAAACACGGGUUUCUCCUCUCUGAGGAAACAGUCAAAGGUGAGGCGGUAACCAUCGACGACAUGAUACAUGGGAAAACUGACAUUAGGAAUAUUACAAUGGUUCAUUUGAUUACGCACGCUGGGAUUAACGAUACCGGCGAUUACCGCUGUGAAGUACGGAAUUUCGCCGGGGAAGCGUACGCGACAGUCCAGUUACAAAUCAAAGAUCCUAAAACCGGUUCAAGUAGUAGCUCCCUCCUUUGGAUGAAUACAGGAACAUUCAUCGCAGCGGUGGUCGGCGGUGGCGUGCUACUUUUGAUAAUCUUGACGGUUUCCAUAUCAUGCGCGAUAAGUCGUAAACGCGGCAAACUACGCAAAGCACAAUCGCAAGCGGCUAGUAUAGCGAGCGAUAAAAUUUACGCUGCGAAAAGUGAAAUUGUGCCCAGUAUCCACGAGGAGUUAGAUCCAUUUGGCUUUGUAAGUCCAGAGCCACCGCCGCCCCCUAUAAGGUCAUGGGUCAGGAACACGGCGGGUUCACGGCAAACCGCAAGCGUCGACCCCAGUCGUAGCCGAAACGGUUCGUCACCUUAUCAUGAAGUAUACUGGUCAAGCGCGACAUCAACGCCAAAUCGCUCAACCUUCCGACCAGCGGACUCUUUCUACUCGGCACGAUCAGAGCGCAUGGCGCAGUAUGACGCCGUCAAGGCGCGGUCGCUACCAAGGAACUCCCUAAACUCAGAUCCGAUAUAUCACAUUUACGAGGCAGCUCCUUUUGAGGAGAAUUUGUCUUAUGUAUAAUACUGCCAAAUGAAACGCAAAAACAGUGGAUCUUCUCUUAACGGACACCUCUCUACUUUAACCUCUCUUUUAUGUUUAAUGCAGAAAAACAACACAGUGGAAUCCCAGACCACUGGAUUAGGCGGUCCCAAUAACCAAAUUCACCCCUCUAACCCUCGUAUGAGUGAAAAUAGAGUAUGAUAAUAUUUGUUCCGUAAUGACGCUGUUCUAUAAAACCACUGUUAGGACAUGACCUGAUCCGACUAACUAAGUCACAUGCCAGCGACAACAAAUACAGGGAAUUGGAAAGUUUUAUGAUUCUUCUCUGAAAAUAUCAUUACAGUAGAACCUCUCUUAGCAGACACCUCUCUAUUAAGGACACUAGUUUUGGUCCCAAAUUGGUUGUUUCCAUUCGAUUUGACCUCUCUUAUCAGGACACCUCUCUAUUAAGGACAGUACUUGUCCCAAAUUUGUCCUUGAUAGAGAGGUUCUACUGUACAUGACGUAUCAUAAACUUUCCUGCGUGGACUGAGAGCUUUAGUUAAACACUUUUAACUACUCUGAUUAGGGGAGACCUUGAGUGAUUAAUUGGCACAAAACAAGAAAAGAGAAAUUAGCAAUAAUUCCAGCGCAAACUUCAGCAACUUAUUUUGAGAAGUAUCUGCUUUGGGACUGCUGAAUGGGAUAAUCUACCAACCAUGGGAAGGCCUUCCAAGCUGGGCAUUAACUAGGUCAUCAUUAUCUGUAUUAUUAUCAUUUGUAAUGUAAAGUAGGGGGAAACCAGCGAUCCUAAAGGAAGCUUUUGCCGUCGAGAGAGUUGUCAUUUCUAUACUGGGAUGAUGGGAAUCAAACCUGGUACCUCAGAGGUGACAGACGCUGAUGUUUUCACUGGGCUACUCAUCCCUUUGACGUCAAGUCUCACACAGUGCAAGUUCAGGCGUGGCAUCAAUAAUAUUUGGCAAUUUGUGAUGCAAGUUUUAGGGGAGAACAGAAACGCAAAUUUUUUUAGAUUUGUACUUGGCCGGGUGACUCAGCUCCCCCCCCUCCCAACAGAAAUUGCCAGUUAAAAAUUGGAUUGUGGCACACAUAGGUUUACAUAUGUACCCAGCAACCAGAUUGCAACAAUUUCCAUCUUUAUGAACUAUGCCACGCAAACAAUUCCUUAUCCUGUAUCAACAGUCAGUGUCAAUAAAAUCUCUGUGAAAAAAUGACAAGUUUGGACCCGAUUGUAUCAUUGGCAUCAUGACUAUGAUAGAGUUCUGCUGCCUAAUUUCCACGGAAUUGGAAAACAAAUAAUGUAUUUUUCAGUGAAACUUGACACAAUUUGUUAAAAUAGCUAUUGAUUAUUUGUCCAAAUCAUGAUGUGAUAAUUUGAAUUCAAAAUUCAAAACGGCCCGUUUUUUACACUGAAUGUGAUUUGAAGCAUUCUCACAAGAAUUUCAAAAUGCAUGCAGGAAUGGUCUAUAUUGGGAUGAUGGGAAGGACCAAAAAAUGGAUUUUACGGGAUUGACACCCUUAUUUCAGUUAGAUUUGGGAGAACUCGGGAGGUGGGAAGAAAACUGUGUUUUUUUCUUAUGUGAAGCUGCCAUUUGAAAAGCGCUGGCAUGACCGAUCGGACCACACAACCAAUAAUAACCCCGCUAUUUUUAACAUGACAGUGUCAUUUUGCUUGUCAUGUGUGGAUGACCCUGAAAACAUUUGAAAUCAAUGUUUUUGUUUUCAUCAUCACUUCGUCCUGCACAUAGCUUCAAGGACAUGAAGAUUAAUUUGAACUCCGUACUAUGGGUUGACCAUUUGAUACUCUCCUGUUACUCAAGUCUCAUAAUCAAAUCUAGAGUCCAGGAAAAACGUCAACACAUCAUACUACAACUGCAGGGUACAUUAACCAGGAUAGAUGUUUACUGAGUCACAAAUUCAUGUUCUAUGAACCAUCGUUAUUUGAUUCGGGAUGAAACAGCCCCUGGGGGAAGCAUCAAGGCAGACAGAAUUAGAUGCAAAUAUGGCUAAAUUGUAUUUUUUAUCAUUUCAUCGUGUUCAUGGCAAGAACGAGGUACUAAGGGUUCAGUUAUUCCCAUAGCAGGCCUCAAAUUGGCCUUUUUUCUGUUAUAUACUUAAAAUCAUAAAUAUAGUAUAUAUAUGCCACUGUGAAUGUCUUCAUAAUGCAUGUGAGAAUGUAUUAAUUUCAA